GGAAAAACUGUCUGCAAGUGUGCUAUACCCUGUCUAUUCAAAAUCUGUUCAGAUUUCUAGACACCCAGUCUGAGACUCCAGUUCAGCCAGCCAUGAGACGAUAUUCCAUUGUAGCACUGUGCCAUCUUAUAAGGUAUUCUCCAGGGUAAAGAAAUGUGUUCUAUUUGUUUUAUUCCAGGGAGUUACUUUGCCAGAGACGCCUCAUAUUCUCACAGAUACACCAGCCAUGAAGGAACUAGGGCCAUGUUUGCUUGCCGUGUUCUAGUAGGUGAACACACUCAAGGGAACCCCAGCCUCUAUCGACCGCCGCCAAAAGAUGCCGUAGACAUGAGUCUGUACGACAGCUGUGUGGACGACGUCUGCAACCCCUCCAUCUUUGUGAUUUUCAAAAAGCUCCAGGUGUACCCGGAGUACCUCGUCCAGUACGAGGAAGAGUUGGGGACGGUGGACGUCAGUGACGCAUCUCUCCCAAGUCGCCCCAGGACCAAAUCACUUUCCUCCUCCUCAAGCAGUGUGCUUUCAUUCCCAAGGCAACCAACCAUUGUGACCUCACCUGCUCGUCGCCGUGGAGACUCCAUGGAGCAGAGGCCAAGGUCCAAUCUCACUAGGGCCUCCAGAGGCUUCGGAUCCCUGAAUUCCCUGAAUAAUUUAUCCCAGAUAAACGCCUCACCUGCAUUCUCAGUCCCACGUCCUCAACCCAGGAUGACUUUAUAUCAUUCCCCAGCCAGAUUAAGGCCCUUCAUAACAAAUCCGCCAAGGCAACGGUUCAUGCAGCCGAUGACUAGGAGCACCUCCAUCUCGGCCCUCAAUCAGCAAUGGAUGUUUUAGAUUUAGGGGUUGUUAAUGUUUAGCAGUGUUUUAUAUGAAUCUCAAACAAAACAUUUUCACAACAUUUUACUUUGCACUUAUUGUUGAAUUGCAAGUGCAAAUGUACUGGAGACAGAACAGAGUUAAGUAAAUAAAAUGUAAUUCUGUAAAGACAAACACUAAAGUAUGACUCAGCCGAUGACUAUGACUACCUCCAUGAGUCCUGGCCCUCAAUCAGUCCUGGUUGUGUAAAUGUUCAGGCCUGUUAAUGUUUACCCUGGUCAGGAGACUCAGCAGGGUGUGUUCCCUGAAUCUGAUC